AUGAUCUCUUCACUCGUGGGCUUGCUUGCUCUUUCUGUUAUCGCUUCGGCUCAUGGUGACCACAGCAGUCAGUCCCAACUUGCUGGUCCUCACCAAGGAAUUUGGUACAACACACUGCCUGGUGAUGGUGGCACUCAGGCCGACUCCGUAUUCUCCGGGAUCUCAACUUUCGGUCGCCUGCCCUAUUUCCCAUGUCUGGCCAGUGAUGCCGAGAAGUAUGAUAUCGCGUUCCUAGGUGCCCCCUUCGACACCGGUACCUCCUACAGACCCGGAGCCCGCUUCGGUCCCAGCGGAAUCAGACAAGGUUCUCGCCGCCUGAAUCUCUACGGUGGCUACAAUGUCCCCCUACAGGCGAACCCGUUCGUUAGCGAUAUGAGAAUUCUGGAUUGUGGCGAUGUCCCGGUCACUUCAUACGAUAAUGCUUGGGCCAUCCAGCAGAUCGAGGAAGGACACAACAGCGUCUUGAUGCGCAAGCCUUAUACCGACGCUGAUAAGCUUGGUCUGUCACGCGCUGGCAAGACUCUUCCUCGGGUUAUUACCCUCGGUGGUGAUCACACGAUCACCCUGCCCCUGCUGCGGAGUAUCAAUAAAGCCUACGGGCCAGUGACGGUUAUUCAUUUCGAUAGUCAUUUGGAUUCGUGGAAGCCUAAGGUCUUCGGAGGCUCCCCUAGCAAGGUUGCUGCUAUCAAUCACGGCACAUACUUCUACCACGCUGCGAUGGAGGGCCUGCUGAGGAACGACACCAAUAUUCACGCCGGUAUCCGCACGACACUGUCUGGCCCAUCGGACUAUGAGAACGAUGGAUACUGUGGCUUUGAGAUUGUCGAAGCUCGUGAGAUUGAUACAAUUGGAACCGAUGGCAUUAUCAAGAAAAUCCGCGACCGAGUUGGAACUGAGAACCCUGUCUAUCUCUCAAUUGAUAUCGAUACCUUGGAUCCUGCUUUCGCCCCCGCUACGGGAACACCAGAGACUGGAGGCUGGUCCACACGCGAACUUCGAACCAUCAUUCGUGGCCUUGAUGGGAUUAACUUCAUUGGUGCCGAUAUUGUCGAGGUGGCUCCGGCUUACGAUACCAAUGCGGAAUUGUCGACGAUGGCUGCUGCUGAUGUUCUGUAUGAGGUUCUGACGAUUAUGGUGAAGAAGGGUCCGUUGAGCAUUGGCGAGGACACUCAUGAACUGUGA